CCGAAACUUUUUCCCUUCAAAAGCUCCAACAAGUAUCAACAACACUCCCCUAAUUCCCACCACUCUCCCUCAACUUCCUCAUAUCUCCUCCUCGAUUCGCUUAAUAUCUAAAACCAGACAAAAUGGGUUUCUCCGAAGGUGACGCUAAGAAGGGUGCCAACCUCUUCAAGACCCGAUGCGCUCAAUGCCACACUCUCGGUGAUGGUGAGGGAAACAAGAUCGGUCCCAACUUGCACGGCCUGUUCGGACGCCAGACUGGCUCUGUCCCCGGAUACGCAUACACCGAUGCCAACAAGCAAAAGGCCAUUGAGUGGAACCAGGACACUCUGUUCGAAUACCUCGAGAACCCCAAGAAGUACAUUCCCGGCACCAAGAUGGCGUUCGGUGGAUUGAAGAAGGACAAGGACCGGAACGACCUGAUCACCUUCCUCCGUGAGGAAACGAAAUAGAUGAAGAACGUGGAUGAUUGUAUACAUAGAUAGACGCAUUGUACACUUAGGUUAGAUAGCAUUGGGUUUGCGAUUUGACCGACAAUAUCGGAUCUCCUCUUUCAACUUGCCAUGACAUAGAGUUCCCAGUCCUAUUGUGCAGCUUACUGUACCUGAAACUAUAUUAUCCUAUGGACCCGCGAUGACGUCCGCGGCCCGUUUUACCGCACAGUGAUACCGUCAUACCAAUCAAUCC